AUGCGCAGCGCCGCCUUGGCAACCGACAUAGCGUCACCAAGCGAGCGCAACUCCUCCCUCUCCCGCCCUUCGGGGCCGGCGCUUCCUUCCAGCCGUUUCCGGGUGCGUCAUCGCAUCCCGUUGGCUCGUGACCAUGUCACGUGCCGCUGCACAGGCACACAGGGCUGGCAAGUGCGCAACGUGGGAGGAGAAGCAGGGGCAGGGUCCCCUCCCAGAUAUCGUCAGAUACUGGAAAAAGCAAUUCAACUGUCAGGAGUGGAACAACUAGAAGCCUUGAAAGCUUUUGUAGAAGCAAUGGUAAAUGAGAACGUCAGUCUAGUGAUCUCACGUCAAUUGCUGACAGAUUUCUGUACUCAUCUCCCAAAUCUUCCUGAUAGCACAGCCAAAGAAAUCUAUCACUUUACCUUGGAAAAGAUACAGCCUAGAGUAAUUUCAUUUGAAGAACAGGUUGCUUCUAUAAGGCAACAUCUUGCAUCAAUUUAUGAGAAAGAAGAAGAUUGGAGAAAUGCAGCACAAGUGUUAGUGGGGAUCCCUUUGGAAACAGGACAAAAACAAUACAAUGUGGAUUACAAAUUGGAGACUUACCUGAAAAUUGCCAGACUAUACCUGGAGGAUGAUGACCCAGUUCAGGCGGAGGCCUAUAUUAACCGAGCUUCAUUGCUUCAGAAUGAAUCAACCAAUGAACAGUUACAGAUCCAUUAUAAGGUGUGCUAUGCUCGUGUUCUUGAUUACAGAAGGAAGUUUAUUGAAGCUGCCCAAAGGUACAAUGAGCUCUCUUACAAGAGCAUAGUCCAUGAAAGUGAGAGACUAGAAGCACUGAAGCAUGCUUUGCAUUGUACUAUCCUAGCAUCAGCAGGACAGCAGCGCUCUCGCAUGUUAGCCACUCUUUUUAAGGAUGAGAGGUGUCAGCAGCUUUCAGCCUAUGGGAUCUUGGAGAAAAUGUAUCUAGACAGGAUUAUCCGAGGGAAUCAGCUGCAAGAAUUUGCUGCCAUGCUCAUGCCACACCAGAAAGCAACUACAGCUGAUGGUUCCAGUAUCUUGGACAGAGCUGUUAUUGAGCAUAACUUGUUAUCUGCAAGCAAACUAUACAACAAUAUUACCUUUGAAGAGCUUGGAGCACUAUUAGAGAUCCCUGCAGCCAAGGCAGAAAAGAUAGCUUCUCAGAUGAUAACUGAGGGUCGCAUGAAUGGAUUUAUCGAUCAAAUUGAUGGAAUAGUGCAUUUUGAAACACGUGAAGCUUUGCCAACAUGGGACAAGCAGAUUCAGUCACUGUGUUUCCAAGUUAACAACCUUCUGGAAAAGAUUAGUCAGACAGUACCAGACUGGACAGCACAAGCAAUGGAAGCUCAAAUGGCACAGUAAACCUAUACUUAAGUUUUUGGACUAUUAUUAAUGUACUUCUGUGCUGAACAGUUGACAUCUACUAGGACUAUGAAAUGGCCACCUGAGAAUGAGUACUAUACAGUCUCAUUUAAAAUUCCUGAAGUUUUGUCAGAAUACUCAACAUGGUGUGUCUGUGAGAGAAAUACAUUUUGCUCUUUUGAAAGUUGUGGUUUAAAAAUAUGAGAAGUAAAAUCUCAACAAGAUAUAUUUUUGCUGCACAUCCUGUUUACUAAAUUGCUUUGUGGACUCAUUACUUUCCAUUGGUGGUUGUGAACAUGUGUUGUGGUUAUUCUAGUAAAGGUAAGAAUGAGCCAAUUAGAGUCACUCAGUCGUAUGAUGUCUUUGUUUUAACAGUUACUUGUACUUCACUCAUGAGCAGUUUGCAUUUGUGUGUGAAAAUGCAAUACAACUCUAAUCUUCCAAGUUUCUUGUAUUGGAUUUGCAAUUUAGAUAUGUACUACAUCCAGGAAAAGCUCUCUUCUGUUACAGUGCAGGGAGCAGGAAAGUAAGUUGAUCAGAGUUUAUUCUGUCUUACGUCUCUGACAGCAGAAACAGUGAGGAGAGCAUACCAUGGACAAACUAGCAUUAGCUAGAUAUUAGAAAUAGGAGCAUACUCUUUCUAAUACAGUUUAGUUCAGGAUUCUCUCUGGUCCUGCUGGACCAUGGAUGUUGCUGGACCAGAGAGCCACUAGUCUAGAGAGUCUGCGGAGCCCAAUGGCAGAUGAGGACCAGGAGCCUGGUGUCCUGGGGCUGGCUGCAAAGUAGACACAGGCGCAGAGCCCCGGCAACCCCGGAGCAGCAGAGCCCCAGCAGUGGAGCCAGGUGAAGAGCCCAGUGGGGUCUUCUGAUGAACCCAGCAGAGCCCAGAGUCCAUCAGCAGGUGGGCUAGAGUUGACCUCCCAUGGUCUGGCAAAAUCCCUCAUUCGGGACCCAUCAGGUCUCAAGCGUGCCGGCCAGGGAGGUCCAACCUGUACAUACAGUGAAACUUGAGAAGUAGUAGUGAAAGAUAACACACAUACGUACAUACACAGGAAGUGAGAUGGACAAAUUUGCGGUUGCUUUAAUGUAUUGAUUUAUUUCAGAUGAGCAGUGCUUUGCAAUCAUCAAAAUGCACAUCACAUUUUCUUGAAUCACAUGUACAGCAGAAGAUGAACAGAUUCUUGCUUAUGGAAACUCUAGGACUCUCAACCGUCACAUACAGGUACAUCUACAGUAGGGAGAAAAUAAUUACAUUCAUGGCUAAGAUUCAUAAUACCAGUAGUUUUGUUAAUAAACUACCUUGAAAUUUACUUUAA